AUGACUCGCUAUACGGCACAGUCCACCAGUGAAGAGGUCUGCAAGGACCUCUCGGGCCAAAUACAGGGAAGCAGAGUUCUCAUCACGGGCGUAACUCCCGGAAGCAUAGGAGGAGAGGCAGCGCUGCAAAUAUCUCGAUACUCGCCAGCACUGCUCAUCCUCGCUGGCCGGGCAAUCGAGACUCUCCGGGCAAUCGAAGACGCAAUCAAAGCGGACACACCAAGUGCCAAUACCAAGCUUCUUACACUUGACCUCAGUUCGCAGGAAAGCAUUCGGAAAGCUGCGGAUGAGGUCAAUGCCCUGCCCGAGCAAAUAGAUAUUCUCAUCAAUAACGCGGGCACUAUGGCUAUACCGUAUGGCGUUACGAAAGAGGGGUUGGAGCUACAAUUCGGAACGAACCAUAUUGGCCAUUUUCUUUUCACCAAUCUGGUUUUGAGCAAAAAAGACUUGAGUUGUGGGAUAAAGGUGGUUAAUGUGAGUAGUCUUGGACAUAAAAGAGGACCGGUCCGUUUCUACGACUAUAACUUUCAGGAUGGAAAAUGUUACGACAAGUGGCAAGCUUACGGUCAAAGUAAAACUGCCAAUAUGCUAUUCUCAGUAUCAUUGGCGGAAAAACUUGGCGAUAAAGGCGUCAAGUCGUUUAGUCUUUACCCAGGGCGUAUUGAAACUGGGAUUGGGAGACACUUGAAACUGGAGGAGUGGGUGAAAGCUGGAUGGAAACACGAAGAUGGGUCAAUAAAUCAUGAUCUAGAUUUGAACUGGAGGUCUUUGAGCCAGGCAGCUGCUACUUUGAUCGUGGCGGCGUACGAUCCAAGUAUUGAAGGCAGCAACGGAUCGUACAUGGUCAACAACCAGGUGAAUAAUGGUGAAGCGGCCGACUAUGCGCUGGACCCGAAGAAUGCAGAAAGGCUGUGGGCUCUGAGUGAGGAACUGGUUGGUCAAAAAUUCUCUUACUAG